GCUGUGUAAUACUAAAACCUUUCUUGCACAAUCCUCGCGUUGGGAACGGAACCAACCGAUACUAACCUAUUGAUAUAUCGAGAGGAUAUGUUCACGAACUAUGUCUAAGCGGGAAGCGAACGGGUUGCAGCCAGCCGGGACCUGGCAGAGUACACUACUCGGAGCGACAGCUGCGCCUGCGCCGUCUGCCGCCUGCAUUGGCCGCUGGCCGCUGGCCACUGACCACUGGCCGCUGGCCACCGACCACUGGCCGCUGGCCACCGACCACUGGCCGCUGGCCACCAACCAUUGGCCGCUGGCCACCAACCAUUGGCCGCUGGCCACCAACCAUUGGCCGCUGGCCACCGACCACUGGCCGCUGGCCACCGACUACUGGCCGCUGGCCACUGGCGGCUCUGAGAUCAAGCCUUGA